UCCAGGAGAUUUGGACACUUGAGAGGGAAUGACGAUAAUGGGAAUAGGUAUGAUGGAUUGGACCCCGUCAGUGCUAGCAGUGCUAGCAGGGAUACGGUGUCUAGAGAUGAGACAUUGGGAGACGUGGGGGUGGGUUGAGUGCAUUGGUGAGGAAGAUCAUUUGGUGCUUUCAAGACUUUUGGAUAAGGAUUUUGAAUCUUCAAAGGCGGCAAAAGUUGAGAAUGCUGCUUUUAAAAAAGAGGUAGAAUACAGAAGGGAGGUUGUUCAUGAUAGAGCAGAGCUGAAGGAUUCUUUAGGAAUUAUGUCAAAGCUUGGAAAGAGUUCAGUCUCAAGAUUUUAAUUGCGGUCAAGCCUUUUUUUUAGAAAGUGAAGUUUGACACUUAAUUGCCAGCAUUCCAUAUAAUUUCAAACACCAAGCAGUAUUCCAAACUUAAAGGAAAGACUUGAUCUCUGGCAACUUUUUGCUAAAGCACAUGGCACUACAUUUUGUUUGAAGUGGGUAGGUAAAGAAAUCUACAAGUGCAACACUGAACAUGAACAAGCUGUUGAAAGCUGUGAACAUCAACAACAGGAAUAAAGGCAUUGAACCAUGACUGCAGGAGGAAAAAUCCUUUCUUUCCGCUUGCCUCCUCUUCCUACUAUUGGAGAAAUUAUCAAAUUGUAUAAUUUGAGAGCGGAAAAGCAGCUUUCUCAGAAUUUCCUGUUGGAUUUAAGAUUAGCAGAUAAAAUAGUUCGGCAAGCUGGCAAUUUAAGGAACUCUUAUGUUUGUGAAGUGGGCCCAGGACCAGGAGGCAUCACUCGAUCAAUUCUCAAUUCUGGUGUUGCAGAACUGCUUGUGGUGGAGAAAGAUACCAGAUUUAUUCCUGGCUUGGAGUUGCUGGCUGAAGCAGCACCUGGGAAAAUGCGCAUCGUGCAUGGAGAUAUUCUGACCUACAAAAUGGAAAGGGCUUUUCCAAAAGAAUUACGAAAUGAAUGGGAAAAUGGAUUACCAAAUGUGCACAUCAUUGGUAACCUUCCUUUCAGUGUUUCAACCCCUCUCAUUAUUAAGUGGUUGGAGAAUAUUGCAAAUCAUGAUGGACCCUUUGUCUUUGGGAGAACACAGAUGACCCUAACUUUUCAAAAGGAGGUUGCAGAGCGUCUCACAGCAAGUACCAGCAGUAGGCAAAGAAGCAGAUUGUCUAUUAUGGCUCAGUAUUUGUGUAAUGUGAAAAGCUGCUUUACUAUUCCAGGCAGAGCCUUUGUUCCAAAGCCUAAGGUUGAUGUAGGAGUUGUACAUCUUACUCCGCUUGAGACACCACAGAUUAACCAACCAUUUAAACUUGUGGAAAAGGUGGUGAGAUGUGUCUUCAGCUUUCGGAGAAAGUACUGCCGCCGGGGAGUUGAAACUUUAUUUCCUGAAGCUCAAAGAUCACAGCUAACAGAACGAAUGUUUUAUACUGCUGACGUCGACCCAACACUCUGCCCAACUCAACUUUCUAUACCUCAGUUUAGGAAUCUUUGUGAUGUAUAUAGCCUGCUGUGCAACGAGAAUGCAGAUCUUUUUACUUACAACUAUAGAGAAGAAUUAAGACAAAAGCGGCUUGUUCGUAAAGAAAAAUCUCACAGGGGAGUGAAGGAUGAGAGAAAAUUGGACAUCAGGACUUCGUAACAUCAAUCUGAAAGUGAAGAACUAAAAAUCCAAAGAUAAGAAGUCCUGGAGGACCCAGAUGCAUUGUAGGAACGAACACUGCAUUUUCCUUAUGGAGACAAAGACCUCCAUUGUGAUGACUACCACUACCCUAAAUGCAAUAAACUCCAGACAGAUUUAACAAAUCACUAUGAGGCACUGUUGGCCACCUGGAGUAACAGAUCUGUAUCCUACCACAGUCUGUGAACUCAUAGCCCAGGAUAUCCUUCAGUUAUCAUCAACCAAGGUUCAAUGAUAUUGCUACAACAGCGUCCCAGGAUUGGCAGCAUACAUACCUAAAAAGAGUGCUAACCUUGUGGAUCGACAACAUGGGACCACGUGUGCUCUAAAAAGUGAAAUUAACAUGGCUAAACAAUCCAGAAUUGGAUUGUUGUAGUCCUGCUGUUUUCAGUGAAUGGAGAUUGGAAGGAGGCAAGUGAAAAGCUCCAUCCCUAAUGAUAGUAGAACCUACUGUGUCAGUACAAAAAUCAAGAUUGAAGUGUUCGCAUCAAUCUUGAGCCAAAAGUGCAGAGUGGAUGAUUCUCAACAAUCUGCCAUCAUCACGGCAGCCCUAAGCCAAUUUGAUUAAUUCCACAGGACAUCAAGAAAUGAGAGAGCAAAUGUAAUAACUGGAAAGCUUUUACUCCUGACAACUCACUGGAUAUAGUGUUUUAGAACUCAUUCCAUUUCAUAGCAUCAUUGUGGUGUUGUCUGGGAAAUGGUUAAAGAAAGAUCAUGGUUUGGAGUGCCUUGCAAUACAAUUUAGAUUAAUUGUAAAUUCUAAAUUCUGAAAAAGAUCCAUAAAAGUGCUCAAAAAUGA